AUGAUUGUUAUGAUAGAACUAGAAGGAAUAAAAUUGCAAAUAUGGCUCAGUGCGCAAACGUUAUAUAAUGGAGAUAAGAUUCCAUUGGUAGGUUUGGGGACUUGGAAAAGCAAACCAGGAGCAGUUGAGGAUGCAGUAAAAACAGCUAUUCGUGUUGGUUAUCGUCUAAUUGAUGGAGCAUAUGUUUAUGGCAAUGAAAAAGAAAUAGGAAAUGCAUUCAAAGAAGUAUUGGUAAGUGGGAAAAUCUUUAUAACUUCUAAACUUUGGAAUAAUAAACAUCGUCCUGAAGAUGUACGACCUGCUUGUAUACAAACAUUGACAGAUUUACAACUGGACUAUCUUGAUCUUUAUCUCAUACGGCCUAUAUCAUUUAGACCUGGUCCUGAUGAAUUCCAAAGAACCCUGAUGGUUACAGUAAUCUACGAUAAUGUACCACCAGUCGAUACGUGGAUAGAACUGGAAAAACUAGUUGAUGAGGGACUAGCUUACAGUCCUCUGGGGUCACCAGAUCGUCCGGGGGUAAAGAGGGAGAAACCAGUUCUCCUUAAUGAUCCCCAAGUUGCUGUUAUUGCAAAGAAAUAUAAUAAAUCUGUUGCACAAAUAUUGAUAAGAUUUCAAGUAGAGAGGGGUGUCGUUAUCCCUAAGAGUGUAACUCCUGAACGUAUUAAAGCAAUUAUGAUGUAA